UAUAAAUAAAAUGCUCUAAUAAAAAAGUAAAAACAAAAACAGAUCUAACCAUGGGAAAUUUAACAACACAUUUGUGUGCUAAAAUAUUGAGUUUCUUGGACCAAACCAUAUUUUAAGUGACUUUAAGAUGUUGUUUUUCAUAGACUCAUGUCAUUUUCCUUCUCUACUUCACUACAGGAAUCUCAUUCAAUUUAGUGUUUUUACAAAUCGAGACCAUAUGAAAGAUCUCCGAAGGUACCUGACAUUCAAAUAUAUCCAGUAUCUAGUCCUACCUUCUCCAAACAUUAUCGUCACUCUGCUGGGAUUGUUUGCCAGUGUGUAUGUCACACUAAUAUUAACAUUACCUUUUGUAUCAAGAAAAUCUACUGCAGUAUUUAUUAGUAACAUAGCUCAGGCAGACAUCUUUGUGGGUUGUAGCAUCUUUUCUGCCAUGAUUCAAGAUGUGAUAAAGAGUGAAAUAUUAUCAUAUUCUGUUCAAUCAACCUUAAGGCAGAAUUUCCAGAUUGCAAAUGUACAUAUCAGUUCUCUUUUACUCAGCUGUGUUAGCCUUGAAGCCUUUCUGAUCACUUUUCUUCCAGUAGAGACACGCCACAUAAGAACUGUGAGAUGUGCCAAGGUGGCUUCUAAGAUCAUCUGGAUUGCCAUAAUUAUUGAGUGCUUCCUUUAUCAAGUGGAGUGCUUCAAACACCUUAGCAUCUCUUAUUUUGACACUCACAGGCACAUUUUGCUGUUGCUAAAUUGCUGUUAUGGAGCCACAAAACUGCUGAAAUCAGUUGUUUAUCCAAUUGGAUUACUUUUAAGGAUCUUCAAUGUGUACCUCUUUUAUAAAAUGUAUUUCCGUGUUUUACCUUAACAAAACCUGUGAUGGUUAAUUAUGUUAAUUAUGGCUAGGUAUAGUGCCCAGUUUUUUGUUCAAACAUUAAUCAAGAUGUUCUUGAGAAGAUAUUGUGUAAAUGUGAUUAACAUUUAUGGUUUUAAUAAAGGAGAGUAUCUAAAACAGUGUGAGUGGAACUCAUCCAAUUAGUUAAAGGUCUUAAGAGGAAAAAAAAACCUGGGAUUUCCUAGGAAUUAUGCCCCAUCAGUAUCCUGCUUGAAUUUCCAGGCUGCUGGCCUGCUCUAAAGAUUUCAGACUCAAGACUACAGCAUCAGUUUUGCCUGAGAUUCUAGCUU